CUAUAUUUCAUAUUAUAAAUACAAGAUCCCUUCACUUUUAUUUUCUUCAUCUAAUACAAUACAACUUAAUUUCUCUCUUUGGAAUCUUUAUUAGAUUUUGUAAUAAUAUUCAAAAUGGAGUUUCGUCUACUAUCAAUCCUCGCCUUCCUUUCUAUUGCUUUGAUGGUUAGUGAGGCAGCUCUACCACCUGAAAUCUAUUGGAAAAUAAAUUUGCCAAAUACUGAGAUGCCAAAGGCUGUCAAGAAUUCAUUGCCUAAGCCUGAAUGGAUGGAAGAGGAAAGCACAUCAGUAAAUGUUGGGAAAGGUGGGGUCCACGUUAACACAAGAUCCAAGCAAGGAGGAGGAACCGCAGUAAAUGUUGGGCCUCAUAAAGGAGCCAAUGUAAACACAGGAAAGCCCAAUGGUCACACAAAUGUAAAUGUUGGCCCAAAAAGUGGUGUUGGAGUACACACUGGUAAGCCCAAUGGAGGACACACUGACGUCCAUGUCGGCCCAAAAGGUGGAGUUGGGGUCCACGCAGGAAAGCCCGGAAAAGGAGCAGAUGUAGGAGUUGGCAAAGGAGGAGUAACUGUUAAAGCAGGCCCAAAAAAGAAGCCCGUUUAUGUUGGAGUACACCCAGGCCCAAACCCGUUUAAUUACAAUUAUGCAGCUUCUGAGGCCCAACUUCAUGAUGAUCCAACUAAAGCUUUAUUUUUCUUAGAGAAAGACAUGAAAGUUGGACAAUCAAUGAACGUGCAUUUCACAAGGAGUACUAAUGCAGCCACCUUCUUGCCAAGGGAAGAGGUGAAAUCGUUGCCCUUUUCUUCUGAUGAAACCCCGGCGAUACUUAAGGAGUUCUCGGUUCAGCCUAACUCCGAUGAAGCUAAGGUUAUCCAAGAGACAAUCAAAGGGUGUGAGGAAAAUGGCAUCCAAGGUGAAUAAAAGUAUUGUGCAACUUCUUUGGAGUCCUUGGUAGAUUACGCGAAAAACUCUUUAGGGAAGAAUGUUAAGGCAAUGUCUACUGAGUCCAAAACUAUUGAUGACAAGGUCCAAAAGUAUACUAUUACCGCGGUAAAAAAGGUGGCUAAUGACAAUGAGGCCGCAGUGUGUCACAAGCAAAAGUAUGCCUAUGCCGUGUUCUAUUGCCACAAGACUAAGGAUACAUCUGCGUAUACGGUGUCCUUGAUGGGCGCGGAUGGAUCAAAGGCUAAGGCAAUGGCUGUGUGUCAUAAGGAUACGAGUGCUUGGAACCCGAAACACUUGGCUUUCCAAGCUCUUAAUGUGAAGCCAGGAAGUGUUCCGGUUUGCCACUUCUUGCCCGAGGAUCACAUUGUAUGGGUUCCUAACAACUAGACUUAUGAGAAAUUAGUUUUAUUUUCAUAUGGAGGCUUGAAGAGUUAUACUUUGUGUAUUUUAAUUUGGCUACGGCUGGUUGUUAUGUACUAUAUUUACAUGCAUACUUAGUUUGAUAUUGAAUAAUUAAGAUGCAUUUGUUAUAAGAACAUAUAAUACUGUACUGAUGUUAAUUACCUCCUAAAUUUUCUAAAAUGUCAUUUUUUUAAAAAAAAACUUGAAUGAUGUAUGCAAUUUAAAAAGUUGAAUAAGCAUUAAUCAGUACUACCUCCGUCCCUUAUUUAGUGGCCUACA